UUGCAAAGCUCAGGGAGAGGACGCUUUCUACUGGAACAUGCUGCUCCCUUCUCUGCUUUUUUGACAGACAGCUUUGGGCGUCAGCACAACUACUUGCGAAUUUCUUUGACUGAGAAAUGCAACCUCAGGUGUCAGUAUUGUAUGCCAGAGGAAGGUGUUCAGCUAACCCCUAAAUCGGAGCUACUUACUGCUCAGGAGAUAAUCACCCUAGCCAGACUGUUUGUGAAAGAAGGUGUAGAGAAGAUCCGACUGACAGGAGGAGAGCCACUUAUCCGUCCCGAUGUGGUUGACAUUGUGGGGCAACUGUACAAGCUAGAAGGGCUGAAAACCAUUGCUGUCACAACCAACGGGAUCAACUUAGCCAGACUGCUGCCCCGACUGAAGGAAGCAGGACUGAAUGCCAUUAACAUUAGCCUGGAUACUUUGGUCCCAGCUAAAUUUGAGUUCAUUGUCCGGCGGAAAGGCUUUCACAAGGUAAUGGAAGGAAUCUACAAAGCCGCUGAACUUGGCUACUGUCCUGUUAAGGUAAACUGUGUGGUGAUGCGAGGCCUCAAUGAGGACGAACUGCUGGGCUUUGUGGAUUUCACGAAGGAUCUGCCCCUUGAUGUGCGGUUCAUAGAAUAUAUGCCCUUUGACGGCAAUAAAUGGAACUUCAAGAAGAUGGUGAGCUACAAAGAAAUGCUUGAUACAAUUAAACAGCGAUGGCCUGAAUUGGAGAAACUGCCCUGUGAAGCUUCCAGCACAGCCAAGAGUUAUAAGGUGCCACAUUUCCAGGGACAAAUCAGCUUUAUCACCUCUAUGUCAGAGCAUUUCUGUGGAUCCUGUAAUCGGCUGAGGAUAACAGCAGAUGGGAACCUAAAGGUGUGCCUUUUUGGGAGUUCAGAAGUGUCCUUGAGAGAUCACCUACGGUCAGGUGCCUCAGAGGAAGAGUUGGUUCAAAUCAUUGGAGCAGCAGUGGGCAGAAAAAAGAAACAGCAUGCUGGCAUGUUUAACAUUUCCCAGAUGAAAAACCGGCCAAUGAUCCUGAUUGGUGGGUGACAAAUCAAGCCUGUAUUGAUGUCAUUCCCACUGCACCAAGAUGCCCUACAGAAUCCCCCAAAUUCAAAACAGUGGGGCCACACAUCUAGCCGUUGGCUGACUUUGAGAGCAAGUUUACCCAAACAAAUGGGAAAAGCAUUAAUGAAAAAUAAGCUUACAGGACUUUUCCUGCCAGGAUCUCGCCCAGAUCAACAGUGGCACAUAACGACAGGACUUCUACAAACCCAGCUCAGAGGCUGCUGUGUCUUCCAGAAGAACCCAAGCUCCACGUUUGACACAAAGUGCCUUGAGGCUUCUCCUGUUGGCCAAGUUUCUGUGGACUGUCAGUCCAAAGAGGCAAGUCAAGGAUCCGAAUUCUGUACCAGGGAUUCAGAGUCUUGCACUGAGGUACCUCAUGUGUCUGACAACUUGACUCACACGGAUGAGGAAGGACGGGCCACAAUGGUAGAUGUUGGAGGGAAGCCAGAUUCAAGAAGAAGUGCUGU